AUGGCGCGUUCCAAGUCAAUCCGCGCCCCAACGACCGCCAGUCUCCCAAACAACCUUCGCAUCCCCUCGACAACCCCCUCCCUCACGAAAACCCUUGGUAAACUCUCCCGACAAGCUCUACUAGAUCUGGCUUUGCUAUGGCUUGACGACCGCAAUAUCACAUCAUUUCCGCCAUAUCUCCAACCAGAGGCUGAGAAUGGCAUCGACGACGAAGAGACCCUCCCAUACCCCGCGGCCGAGACGGUCGAGGAAGUCCGUCAAGCCUAUGAGGACCUACAGGAUCGGAAAGGCGGCAAGCGAGAAGUUCUAGAGCGUAUACUGGAGGGUGAUUGGCGGCAUGGUAUCACACUGCGCCAGCUCGCAAUGGCAGACUUGCGCUAUAUGGACGAUCAUCCCGCAAGUCUGCGAUGGACAGCAUUGGAGCUCAGUCUCAUUGAGUCCAGGCAGAAACAGUCUGCUAAUAGUCCUGUGGCCGAUUGGUCGAGCAGUAUCCCACGUACACAGGCUGCGACCUUCGUGAAGGCCCUCCAGCAAGAGAUCUCCCCGCUUGUGAAAGGACAUUACCACAUCUCGCGCUCAUCGACUCUCCCACUGACAUUCCUCCGCAUUUUCAUCAUCGAUACGCCCUACCAAUCUCCUCGACAGACGCCGGAGAUCUUCGCUGACUCGUCGCGUCUGAUCUACGUCGCGUUCCCCGACAGCUGUCCCUUCAUAUACACCUCCAUCUCCGCUUCAACGGGCUCUAAAGCGGCCCCAUCAAUAAGUUCUAUUGCCACGGACCCCCGAAGUCUACAGCGCCUGGUGCGCGAGGCACUUCCUAAGGCGCUUUCUCGCCCGCAAGAACGGUAUACCUUGAAAGCCACUGCACUGGCAGCGAAGAGCUUGCCCACUCUGUUAGCGCUGCGCGGUCCGGGGCGGACAACUGCGGCAAACGGUGCGUUUAGCAUCUUCGCCGAUGCCGCUAUUGAGGGAAGUCCGUUGGAUCCGCGCCCAGCUAGCACAGUCUCGGCGGAGGAACAUAUGCGCGGGGGUCAAAAACCCCGGUCACCGGAAGAUAAAGAGAACGCGAAGCGCGAGGGGGAAACGAGUACGGCAUCCAAGCGGCAAUCUAGCAUCGGCGACUCGGAACUCUCACCCACAUCCAAAAAGCGUCGGCUCGCAAUUCACUCUCGAUUUGGAACAGCUGGGGGCUCGCAGAACCCUGCGCCCUUGGACCGUCUUGAUAUUCGACUACUUGAUGCGCCUGCCCCAACUCGUGAUGAUGAUAGCCCGGCAGGUACUGGGUAUCCAGUCUCGCUCACUUUUACCGGAUCGGACGUCAUCGGCGGAAUCCGCAAGCUCGCGGAGCUAGGUGUGAUUGAUCCCGAACGAAUGCCGUCCUGGAUGACGGGCGAGGAAGCUAUCAGUCUGGCAGUUGUUCGCGAUGGCAAGCGGGUUAAGAGACCAGCGUAA